UAUGAUCACGCGACCAUUGCAAAUGUUACUCCAGGUUUCUAGAAAGUUGCAUUUAAAUUGCGUCCAGUAUGAGUUAGCUGAUUCAGUCUUAAAUAAUUCACUAUGGCGGCUGCAGAUGUUGAAGUGAUGAAGAACGAACCGCGAAACCUGAAACUGUCAGGUCAUGUGGGUUUCGAUAGCUUGCCCGAUCAGCUGGUCAGCAAGAGCGUUCAGAAUGGGUUCGUGUUCAACAUUCUGUGCAUCGGAGAAACUGGUCUCGGAAAGUCCACCCUGAUGGACUCGUUGUUCAACACGAACUUCGAAUCGCAGCCGAGUCCACAUUCGCUGCCGAACGUCAAGCUGAAGGCGCACACUUACGAGCUGCAGGAGAGCAUGGUGCGCUUGAAGUUGACGAUUUGCGACACUGUUGGUUAUGGCGACCAAAUCAACAAAGAUGACUCGUUCAAAGCUGUGGUGGAUUACAUCGAUCAGCAGUUUGAGACAUUCCUCCAAGAGGAGCUGAAGAUCAAACGUUCGCUUGCUACCUACCAUGACAGUCGUACUCACAUAUGUCUUUACUUCAUCUGCCCGACCGGGCACGGCCUCAAGUCGCUGGAUUUAGUAUGCAUGAAGAAGCUGGAUUCCAAAGUCAACAUUAUUCCAAUUAUUGCUAAAGCCGAUACCAUUUCCAAGACGGAGCUGUCGAAAUUCAAAGCUAAAAUCAACGAAGAACUCCGUCACAACGGUGUUCAGAUUUAUCAAUUCCCUACCGACGACGAGAGUGUGGCUGAGAUCAAUGCAAACAUGAACUCGCACAUUCCGUUCGCUGUUGUGGGAAGUACAGAUUUCGUUCGUGUGGGCAACAAGACCGUUCGUGCUCGGCAGUACCCCUGGGGUACGGUUCAGGUGGAGAACGAAGCUCAUUGCGACUUUGUUAAGCUGCGGGAAAUGUUAAUCCGUACAAACAUGGAGGACAUGCGAGAGAAAACGCAUACCAAACACUAUGAACUGUACCGCCAGAAGCGACUUGAGCAAAUGGGCUUCACCGAUGUCGACAGCGACAAUAAGCCGGUCUCAUUCCAACAGACAUUCGAAGCUAAGCGGAGCAAUCAUCUUGCUGACCUACAGGCCAAGGAGGAUGAAGUUCGACAAAUGUUUGUUGUCCGCGUCAAGGAGAAGGAGGCCGAGCUCAAGGAUAGUGAGAAAGAGCUACAUGCUAAGUUUGACAAGUUGAAGAAGGACCACGCCGAAGACAAGCGUAAAUUGGAGGAAUCUCGUAAAAAACUUGAGGAAGAAUUUGUCGAGUUCAACCGGCGAAAGUCCCAAAUGGCUGCAUCGCACCACACGUUAACACUCGGCAAGAGUAAAAAGAAAUGAAACUUGUAGAUAACCGGAAGGACAACUCCGUGAGCGAAUCUUACGACACGGGGCGUCAUUUUAUUAUAUCACAUCGCGACAUAUUGAAGAUAUAGAUCAAGCAAGUUGCCUGCGCUUCUGCAUGCAGCUACUUAUUGCUUCUGCUUCAUCGUAACUGUUCAGACAGAAAGCCUAAGCUGAAAUCGAAUUUUACUUUUCCUCGAUAAUGCAAAUGUUACCAAAUCUAUAUAUAUUUUUUAGAGAAUAUCGUUUGAUGGACCCUUAGUACAAAGUUUUCGAAACUUUAACAAAAAAUGACCCAGACGUAUUGACGACAAAACUCCGCCGAAUAUAGUAAUUUUAUCAAAAGAAAAUUAUUUAAAUAUUUAAGCUUUGAUGCAGCAGCUUCCAUUCGUACCGAUUAAACGCACAGUGCGGUCUCGUGAGGGAAUCAGACGAGAUUGUGUUUACUUGAGCGCAAAAAAUGCUGCCUAGAUUUUUUCUGACACCGUGCUUCGUUCAAGCUGCAAAAUGUUUGAAGGGAGCAAAAUACGUAUAUAAUCUAGUUGAUUAACGACGCUUGAGAUUCAUUGUACGCACACGUAACGCAUUUUAUCGGAAAAGUUUUGUUCUCUAGCUUUCUGUCUAAUAAAUUCUCAUAUAUAAUUUUCAUUUUACUGAAGUAUUCGAAAGCUAAGCAUUUAAGUUACAGAUAAAAAUGACAGAACGUAAAAACGUAUUUUGGAGUUCUUGAAUGUACAACUAGAGAUUUCCUUAUCAUUUUUCAAAUGCGGAAAAAAACGUAAAAUUAUGGUAGUUAUUGAAGCUCUCAAGAGAAAAAAAUAUGUAUCUUUGCAUUGCUAGACAUAGACAAAAGUUUUCCAUAAUCUAUAUAUUCUAAAUGUA